AUGAAUUUCCAAUUUUGGAGACAAUUUUGUAAAAUAUCGCAUUUUGGUAAUAGACUCUUUUCGUCUUUAAACCAAUAUCCUAAUAAUUCUAAAAGUUCUAUAAGUUCUAAAAGUUUUAUUAGUCCUUUAACGAUGAUCACUCAAGUUUCGAUUCUCGAUCCAAACACAUUCAUUUUUUCCACAAACGAUCUCGAGGAUCCACAUUUCACCACCACGGAUCCAAAUGCAUUUCAAAUUCUCGAACAUGCCUCCAAAUUACUUUCCGAGGACCAGGUGAUAGCAAUACCUACGGAAACAGUUUAUGGACUAGCUUCAAAUGCACUUAGUUCCGAGGCCAUUAAAAAAAUCUAUUUAGCUAAAAAUAGGCCAUCGGAUAAUCCGCUAAUAGUUCAUAUUUCUUCUUUAAAAAUGUUAAAAUCUUUAUUACCAAAUAAUAGUGAAAUACCAUUAAUUUAUGAACCUGUAAUAAAAAAAUUUUGGCCAGGACCAUUAACAAUAUUAUUACCAAAAUCCGAUUUAAUCCCUUCCGAAAUAACAUGUAAUCAACCUACAGUGGCUAUUAGAUUUCCUUCACAUCCAAUAGCUCGAGCAUUGAUAUCUACAUUUGGAUUCCCAUUGGCAGCACCUUCGGCUAAUGCCUCAGGAAGACCUUCACCUACUUUAGCAUCACACGUUUUAACAGAUUUAGAUAAAAAAAUACCAUUGAUUAUAGAUGGUGAUCAAUGUAACUUUGGUGUAGAAUCCACAGUAUUAGAUGCAAUUGGAAGUAAGGAUCCAUUGAUUUUACGACCAGGUGGAGUGACAUAUGAGGCAUUAGUUAAGAUACCCGGAUUUGAAAAUUUGAAAGUAUAUAACAAGGAUUUUGUGAACAAGAAAUAUGAAAUCACACCUAUCACUCCAGGAAUGAAAUAUCGUCAUUAUUCUCCAGAUGCUGAAAUGAUAUUAAUCGAUGUUAUAAGUAAUAAAGUGAGGAAUAUAAUAGAUAGAGAAAUUCAAAAUUUUAAAAAUAAAACUAUUGGAAUUUUAAUCACCCAGCAAAAUGCAAAAUUAUCAGAUAACAUACAAACUAUAUUUAUGAAUGGUCCUUUGAAAUGUUCAUCAGUAAGUGAAAAUCCGAUGAAAUCAAAUCGAAAUAUUUUACAAUAUAUUUUGGGUGAUUCAUUACAUCCAAAACAAAUAGCAAGAGAGUUAUUCAAAGGGUUAAGAUACCUUGAUGAAUGUAAGGUAGAUCUUAUAUUUGUAGAGGGGAUUUCGGAAGAGGAGGAAGGGUUGGCAGUUAUGAAUCGAUUAAGAAAGGCUGCAACUAGGAUUAUAUAUGAAUGA